AGAGAGGGGAGAAAAAUUAUAUCGAGUGAGGGGCCUCGUUUCUCUCCAUCAUCGAAGUCUCAUCAAUCUCUUCCUCUCUUUUUCCUCCUUUAUCAGCUCCUUCGAGAAAUGAAUAAGACUGUGUUCAAAUUGGACCUGCACGAUGACAAGGCCAAAGGAAAGGCCAUGAAGGAUGUCUGUGGCUUUGAAGAGAUCGAUUUCAUUGGGAUGGACAUGAAAGAGAAAAAGAUGACGGUGAUCGGAUCCGUCAAUCCUCUGAAGGUUUUGAUCAAACUCAGAAAAUUCUGGCCCGCCGAUAUAGUUUCCAUGGGGCCGGUGAAGGCGGAGGAGGCCAAGAAGGAAGAGACGAACGAGCCUCAACAACAAAUGAGAGCAGCGUCAGUCAACCCGUACGCAGCCUACAAUCUGGAGCGGAUAGAAGAGAAUCCAAAUCCUUGUGCCAUCAUGUAAUCAUUAGACGGCAACAGGAGAAGAUUCCAUGGCAAUUUAUGUCCCGAAGAAUCCUUGACAUGAAGUUAGCAUAGGGUUGAGAAGAGUGACAGCGAGUGAAACAAGAAUGCAUUGCUUGCAAGUUUCACCAUGAGAAGUGCGUCGGCCGUGGAAAGAUAUCCUGCGACAUCUCCAACAUGAGCAUUUACAAAGGACUGUA